UGUUACUUCGGAUGUCAUGUGGCGACAAGCGGCCACAUGGUAUCAUUGUGUUCAUUUAAACGCUUACUCGAAUGUACGGUAAAAAAAUUAAAUUUAAGUUGUAGUAUGCCAAAACGUUUAUACAGUUACCAGGAAUCGAGUAGAAAAAAAUUAAAAUUGAAUAGUAGUAAAUUUAAAAGAUAUAAAAUGGUGACUCCGAAAAAUGUUAAAACUUUACAUUCUCAAAGUAAUUCUAACCUUAAACAAAAUGACAAAACGAAGACUGAUGAAUGUAUAAAUGAAAAUAAAAAUGAAGAUUCUAAUGAAAUUCACGAGUCUUAUGUUGAUGUUAAAGUUGAAUAUUUAGAUAAUCCUGUCAAGUCGAGUAACGAUAAAAAAGAGUACAAAGUAAUUAAACUCCCAAAUGGCCUAACUGCGCUCCUUAUUUCUGAUACUCAUGAUUUGACUGAUAAAGUAGCUGGUGAACAGGAUGCAGCUUCAACAGCUAGCAGUGAUGAAGACGACGAAGAAGGGAGUGAAGAAGGGUCUUCAGAUGACGAAGACGACAAUGAAGAGGAGGGUGAAGAGAUGGAGAUGAGUGAUGAAGAUGAUAAGCAUGCUCACUUGUCUAAGAGAGAAGAAAAAAUGGCUGCAUGCGGAUUGUGCGUAGGAGUUGGAAGCUUCAGCGAUCCCUCUGAAAUACCUGGAAUGGCUCAUUUUCUUGAGCACAUGGUUUUCAUGGGCUCUAAAAAGUACCCUGCUGAAAACGAUUUCGAUUCUUUUAUAAAAAAACGCGGUGGUUCUGAUAACGCAUCUACAGAGCCUGAGUUAACAACAUUUACUUUUGAAAUUGAUGAAAAAUAUCUUUACUCUGCAUUAGAUCGUUUCGCUCAAUUUUUUAUCGCCCCUCUGAUGCUGCGAGAUGCAAUAACUCGGGAACGAGAAGCCAUCGAAAGUGAAUUUCAAAUGGCAUUGCCUUCAGACUCAAAUAGAAAAGAGCAAUUGUUCUGCAGUCUUGCUAAGCCAAGUCAUCCUGCCACUAAAUUUACUUGGGGAAAUCUGGUAACUCUUCGUGACAACAUAACUGAUGACAAUCUAUACAAGCAAUUACAUAAAUUUCGUGAACGUCAUUACAGCGCGCAUCGUAUGACUCUGGCAAUUCAAGCACGUCUGCCUUUAGAUACCCUAGAAGACUACGUAAAAAAAUGUUUUUCCGUAGUACCGACAAAUAGUUUACCUUCAGAAGAUUUUAGUUGUCAUAUAGGUGCCAAUUCUUUUGACACCGCUAGCUUUAGGCGUAUUUACAAAAUUAAACCAGUAAAAGACGUUUGUCAAAUCGAGCUGACAUGGACAAUGCCACCACUUCAUCAUCUUUACAAAGAAAAACCUCAUCAGUACAUCUCUUGGAUCAUCGGGCACGAGGGUAAGGGCUCAUUGAUAAGUUACUUGAGGAAGAAAAUGUGGUGUCUUGAUAUUUACAGCGGCAAUGGAGAGAGUGGGUUUGAACACAGCUCAAUGUACGCUCUUUUCAGUUUGUCUCUAGUCCUUACUGACCAAGGCCACGAACAUUUAAAACAAGUUAUCGAUGCCAUAUUUUCAUACAUCAACAUGGUACGCAAAUUAGGACCGCAAAAGAGAAUAUUUGAUGAGAUUCGUAUGAUUGAAGAUACGAAUUUCCGUUUCACUGACGAAGUGCCUUCGAUUGAAAACGUCGAAAGUUUAUGUGAAAACAUGCAUUACUACAAGUCAACUGAUUAUAUUACUGGAAGUGAACUCUACUUUGAGUAUAAUCCUGAAUCAAUAAGAGCUUGCAUGGAUGUUCUGACUCCUGACAAUGUCAAUAUUAUUAUUUUUGACAAAAAAUUUGACGAUUCAACUUUCGAUAAAGAAGAGCCGUGGUUUAAAACCAAGUACACAGACACGGAAAUUCCAGCUGAUUGGAUAGAGUCUUGGAAAAACAUUGACGCUAUGCCAGAGUUCCAUUUACCCGAGCCAAAUAUUUUCAUAACUGAUGACUUUACUUUGAUUCCCGCCGAAUCAAUCGAAGCGCCGGUUAAAAUUCAUCAAGACACUCUUUGUGAAAUCUGGUACAAACCUGAUGCUAAAUUUCGUUUGCCUGAAUGUCAUAUGAAUUUCCAAUUGAUAUCGCCUAUGAUCGCAUCUUCACCUGAAGGAACUGCUAUGUGUGAUUUGAUGGUAGAAGUACUAAAGCAAUUGCUUGCUGAAGAAUUGUAUGCAGCAGUAGCCGCUGAAUUGAGUUACGAAGUCAAUUCAAGUGAAAAAGGUUUACUGAUAAAAGUCUACGGGUUCAACCAAAAACUUCCGCUACUUCUUGAAACGAUUGUUAAAUAUAUAUCGAAUUUCCCUGAAAUUGUCACGGAGGAUUUAUUCAAAGUGAUGAAAGAACAACAACUAAAAGCUUACUAUAAUACGUUUUUAAAGCCUUCUAAACUAGGAAAAGACGUAAGGUUAUCGAUCAUUAUGUUGAAACAUUGGACGGCUAUGGAUCGACACGCGGCGUGCAGUAAAAUAUCAUUUGAAGAAUUUAAAAACUUUGUUAAAUACUUUACUAAACACAUUUAUAUUCAGUCAUUAAUCCAAGGCAACACGACGUCAGAUGAAAUUAAAAAUAACGUAUUGAAAUGUUUUGAUAUUUUAAAAUGUGGGCCGCUAUUACCAAAUACUUUGCCACGACUACGGACAAUGUCACUGCCCCUUGGAGCACAUUACUGCAGAUUUAAAAAUUUUAAUUCAACGGAUUCAAAUUCUGUUGUUACAAAUUAUUAUCAAUCAGGUUUAGCAUCUAUAAAAUUGUCUGUUACAAUUGAAUUAUUGACGAUGAUAAUGGAAGAGCCUUUAUUCAAUCAAUUAAGAACACAAGAGCAACUUGGAUAUGACGUAUUUUGUCUAUUGCGUGAUACCUAUGGUGUAUUUGGGUACUCGAUCUCAGUUUGUACGCAAGCUGAUAAAUUUAGUGUCAAGCAUGUUGAUGAUCGGAUAGAGGAAUUUUUAAAAUCAUUUUAUGAGAAACUUGAGUCUUUGUCGGAUAAAGAUUUUGAGAAUCAUAAGGAGGGUCUUAUUAAAAUAAAACAGUGUGCUGAUAUUCAUUUGCGAGAAGAGGUGAUUCGUAAUUGGGCAGAGAUUAAAUGCGGGGAGUAUAUGUUCGAUAGACUGACACGAGAAACCAACGAAAUUCGGCAGAUAACUCUCAAAGAUUUGAGAAAUUGGUUCAAAGAUCAUAUUGUCGGAGGAAAUAACUUCCGUAAAUUGUCGAUUCAUGUUGUCGGUACGGAAAAACAACGACAGGAGAGUGAUAAAAAAUUGAGCGACAAUGAAAUUAAUAAAUCUGAAGAGUCAGCAAUUAAACUUAGUGAUGCCAGCUAUGCCUUGCAGUAUUUACAUACAGAUGAGGAUGAAGAUAAUAGGGUGUUUAUAAAAAAUAUUGAAAAAUUUAAAUCUGGAUUAUAUGUCUACCCAGAACGUUACAGCAAUUGACCUUUUAUAAAUAAUAAUUGACGGUUUAAAUAAAUUAAUUUAAAUGUAAAAAAGAAAGGGAUUUAAUAAACAAUUAAUUAAAUUUUA